UAAGAAGUCUCGAGUAGAUGUUUAUCACAGCUCUUGACAGCUUCCUGUUGUCAUCUGUUCAUCUUCACAUUCCUAACCACAUGCACAGCGUUCCAGGCAGGGUGCAUUUCAGGCCUGAGGAAUGUUACACACAAGGCAGUUUAAACAAAGCUGUCAGUUAGAAGGCUGCUUUCUCCUGUUUAGUUGCAACUUGGAUUUUAUUAUGUUUGGUAAUGGAUUAAUCAGUUAUAUUACAGCACAGAAAUUCCAAGUCCUUACAUUUUUAUUUAGUGAAGGUAAAAUUCAGUUUAAUUUGACAAACUUAUAUCCAUCAAAAUCAAGUGUCGAUCAAAAAAUGUUUGGUUUCUUUUGUUUGAAGGAGAGACAGCUAAUUAAAAGCCCAAAAUAAAACAUUUGUUACAAGUACCACACCCCAAUGUGAGUUAUCCUCCCUCAAUCCCAGCCACUCCUUAACUGUACUGUACUCUUUUUUUUUUUUUUUUUUUUUGUAAAGUAUCAAGCUAUUUGGAACAUCACUUAAGAUUUUCAUAAUGCAUGAGGACUGUAAUGUGGCUAUGGCAUUACAUAGAUUCACUCGAAUCAGAUAAAUACUGAUUAGUAGACAUGACAUGCUUUAUGUAAUAUGAAAUCACUUCACAAAAAUUACUUCAAACGUUUUCUAAUGAUUGUAUAAUUAUAGAUAUACAUUAUAGAUAUUAAGUUUUUUGAACAUCCUAUUGAGAGACUACAUGUGUCAUUAGACUAUUUAAAAAACAGCGAAAAGGGGGGGCAGGGGGAUGGGGUGACUUGUAACACCAUCAGUUUAACCACUUUGAAAGUAAGUACUGGGAUGAAAUCUCUCUCAAAUCAUACAUGACUAACACCGUCAAAAAAGAAAAAAGUUAUAGGACUGGAGAUACAGAUAAUUAGGUACAGAAAAAUCAACAUUUAAUUUUUGGCUUCGGGUUAAUGUGUUAAAUUAAUCGGAUAAAAUUGACUCAAUUUCCAUCUGUAUAUCAAAAUGUCAUGGAUGACUAGACAGGAGAGGUUAUAACACUGUCCCCAUGAGCCCGUAAUGUAUGUACAUACAGUAAAAAGUGUAUUUGUUAGUGUAGUUUUAUGUGUCUGUUAUAUAUUUAUUCAUAGUUGUUUGCCGUUUUAGAAUUAAAUAUUUCCUGUCAUUUAGAAUCUUUAAAUUAAAAUGCUUGGGAAGUAAAUUUGAUUGACAAUAAAUUUAUUUUCAAAAUUUAAACUGAUGUCCAUAUUUUUAUUAGUGUUACAACCUUCCCCCGGUAGUGGCAUAAGUUAUGACAACAGUACUCUUUGACAUUGAUCUACACAAUAUAGGAGUAAGUUGUAUAUGAAAAAAAUAAAUAAAUACCAGAUUUGUAACAAAUAAAUGGGGAAAUACAAAAAAAGACAGAAAAAUUAACUGGGUAAGGGUGGUAGACAGAAAGAGGGAGUGACUGGGGCAAGACAUUACACCUGAAUCUCUGUUACACCCUACCAUGUGACGGUACAUGUUAGAAAUGUGGGCUAACUACCACGGCCCUGAGAGAAAGUGACCCAACAACAUUCCACACCAUCUUACAUUCACAGAUUCUACACAUUUAACAAGUUAACAAGUCUUAAAUAGUACAGUGUCCUGUAAAUAAUUCAUAUGGUUAUACUGAACUACUGUUAAUAAUUCUUCAACAGUGCAACAUGUCUAACAAAACUGUCAAUUUUAAUAAACUAAAUACUAAAUCACUUCAAUUCAGAUAAGAUUAGUGUUUUACUAGUCACAAUCUAAUUUUGGGCUUAUUGAUAAUGUAGUGACUUACAUUUCUUCCUUUUCCUAUAGGCUAACUUUUAAUUACUAUCAACUGGGCUAGAAGAAAAAAACGAUGAAUGAUAGAGAUGUGUGUAAAUGUGUAUGUGUGGGUGAAAAAAUGGGAAGGUUAAACUGGUCUGCCCGGUCCUGCAAAAGGAGGUGGUCUGGGUGUCGCCCAACACCUGUUACUCAGGGCGGAGUGGAGACAGAAGAACAGCUUUACUUCACCACUGUAUGACAGUUCUACAGAGACAGAAAGUGUGUACAGAGACGUUUGUGGAGGUAAAGAAUAAACAGAAGUGAGACAGAUUCACAAACUCACACACCCGCGGCAGAGAAGGUGAAUCUCGCCUCACUACAACUUUUAGGAUGUUCAGGAAGAAAGAAAACACCGUGAAAGAUGAUUCCAAGAUAAACAAAUCACAGGUGAGUAACCUGGCCUUGCUGAUUGCACGCAUGCAGAAGAAUGCCGACACUGUUGAGAAAGAUGUACUGCGAGCAGAAGAGCUGCUACUCAUAGAUGCUGACAAUGAGAAAAAUAAUAGGAAAUUACAACAUCAGAAGGAAACAGCAGACCUCUUAGGCCAGGCUGAGGGGCUUCUAAAAGAUCUGUUCCUGGAUAUGGACAAAGCCAAGAAAAUGAAACACCCUCAGGCUGGAGAAAUAGAGAAUGAUGUUAGUCGUCUUCAUGAGCGUUGGCUGAAAGACUGUUCCCUUUACCGAGAGCUGUAUGAGCCACUGAAUGAGGUGGAACUACAGCCAAGAAUUAACUGGGCUCUGGUGCUGAACCAAAAACAGAAAGAGGCAAGCAAAGAGGAUUAUGGCCCCACUCUGGAUGACCUGAAGAAGCAGAUUGCAGCUCAUAACAUCCUUCAUAAGGAGAUUGAGUCUUACAACAACCAGCUAUGCCCUGGCUCAACCAGCUCCCAGGAGGAAUAUGCUGCCAUUAAGAAGCAAUAUGCUAACCUACUGGAUAACUCAAAAUGGAGACAUCACUAUCUCAACAGCCUGUACGACUACAUGCAAGACUGUGAGAAGGAGGUGGCAUACAUGAGGGAGGAGCAGAACAAGACCCUUAAACAGGACUGGAGUGAUCAGAUGGUUGACCAUGCUGAUAUCCGCAGACAGUAUGAGAUCUUCAAGAAUAACAGCCUGCUGUCCCACGAAAGUGAGGUCAACAAGUUACAGGAUGAUGGAGACCGACUGAUUGAGCUGAAACAUCCUGCUGCCAGCACUAUUCAGGCCCAGAGAGACACUGUGAGGAAUGAAUGGCAGAAGUUUCUGAAUCUUUGCAUCUGUCAGGAAACACAUCUGGACAAUUUAGAGGAGUACAAAAGGUACCAACUGGAUGCAGAUACCUUGUCUGAGUCUUUAUCUAAGCUUGGCUCCACUGUUGAUGCCAAAGCAGUCAAUGGCAAAACCAGCACUGAAAUUCAGAUGCAGCUUGAGGCUGAGGAAAGGCCUCUGCAGCGCAACGAGCAGCUGUUGGCUGACCUGAGAAAGCGAAGCACCUCUAUCACACCACUAAAGCUUCGUCGCACUCCUCCAAGCAAAACUACCACGGUUGAGUCUCUGUGUGACUGGAAAACUCCCAAGGCUUCAUUGAACAGAGGAGAGCUGUUUAAUCUGAAGUCCAACACAGACAAUGACAACUGGGAGGUUCAGUCCAACGAUGGAACAAUCAAGAAAUUUCCUGGAGUUUGCUUUAUGAUUCCUCCACCUGAUCCUGAUGCCAUCAACAGAGUUGACCUGCUGGGCAAAGAGUUGGAAGAUCUAAAGAAAAGGCGGGCUGCUUUGAGAACUUCGCUGAACAAUCAACCAUCAAAGGCCUCUGUUUCACAGGCUCCAGUUCCUGCUCCAAGAGCUGAGGAGAACUCCAAAGCUGCAGAGCUAGCUAGCCGCCUAAACCAAAUGGAUAAAGAUGUAGCUCAAGUUGAGAUGGACACUCUGAACAGUCUAAGGGCCCCACUGAACCGCACUGAUCCUGCCACAGACCUCACUAAACGUCUGAAGGAGCAAGAGAGAACAACUGCAGCUCUCCAGCAGUUGGAAAAACAGAGGGCUGCAGCCCAAAAGGACCUGGAACCUCUACUUUCAAAGGACAUUAAUGGACCAACCUCUUCCACUCUACCUCAAAAACUCAGUGAUGCCAAAAUCAAACAAGACAGUCUAGCUGCUCUCAUUGAUCUCUACAGAAAGAAAGCAAAUGCUUCUAUGGUAUUGGAGAGACAGCUGAGGAAGAUGGACAGCACUGUCUCAGGAAUUGAGAAACAGCUCAGUGAUGAUGGUGCCAUCCCAGACAAACCUAGUGCCAUUCAAAUCCGUACACAGGAGAUUCAGGAUUUGAGAAAAGAUGUUGCUGGAACUCAAAGUGAGAUGCAAAAGCUUAGCGAGGACCUAGAGGCACUUAAGAAGUUAUGCAGUUCACUUCAGCAGGGUUACCAGGAGUACUGUCCUGAUAUACGCAGACAGGAAGCAGAAGUGAAGAAUCUUCAAAGCCGAUAUGCCAAUGUGAGCAACCAGCUGAAUGAAAGAGAGAGGCUUUUGCAAGAGGCUAACACAAAACACCAGGACUUCCAGAAUGUGAGCCAAUCACUAAGCUCCUUCUUAUAUAAUCUACCUAACAACAAGAUUAACCCCACAGAUGAUUUGUCUCAAGUCAAUGCAAAGCAGAACUCUCAGAAGAGGGUGAUAGAGGAUAUACAGAGGAAAGGCGAUGACAUGGACAGGGUGGUUGAUCUCUCCAAGGAUCUCCAGAAUGCUCUCAAAGAAUAUGAGAUGAACUGUGUUAAGUACAAAGCUACUCUUGAUGACAUACCUGCGAUAGAUGCUAAAAGACUUCACACUUCCACCCUAGCUAGCUCUGUUGCAAAACAGGAGAAGGAUCUUACAAACCAUUAUGCUGAGACAGCCGCUGAAAAAGAACAAUUACUCAACCAGAUGAACUUAGCAAAGUCCAUCAUGGCUGAGAAUGUGGUAAAAGUAAAUGCUGUACAACAACAACAACAGAUGCAACAAAAAGCUGCUGAUGACACUGAAGUUCUCCAGAAAGAAUUAAAGGAGGAAAUUGCAAAACGUACCAACGCAGAGAAUAGCCUGAGCACCAUCAAGAACAGAUAUUUAUCUCUGAAGAAUCGCAGAGGAAUAGAGCGAGUGGAGGAGAAGGAGGUUCUGCAGUAUUACCGUGACCCAAAGCUUGAGGCCAAUGUGGAGGACUUUCAAAAGAAAAUUCAUGAAGAAGCACUGAAACGCACCAAAACACAGAGUGAGAUUGAGGUACUGUCCAGAAAGAUCAGUAGCCUAGAAAGUGAACUUAAGAACAACAAGCCAAAGCUAGUGACAAGAGAAGUGACAGAGGUAGAGAAAGACCCUCAGUUGGAUUUAGAAGCAUCAAACAUUCGAGAAAACAUAAGCAAAUUGAGAAGUGAACUUAAAGUUAAAGAUCAAGAGAAGGCUCACCUACAAACAGAGAUGACAAUUUUGGAACAAAAGAAGCAAAACAUAAAAGAGAAGGUGGUGCAAAAGGAGGUAGUAAGACUGGAAAAAGAUCCAGAAAUGUUGAAGGCAGUUAGGACAUUUGAGAUGGCUAUCUCAGAUGAAGGUGAGAGGAGCAAAUCACUGAAAAGUGAAAUCUCCCAAACCAGGAGCCAGAUCAAUACUCUUGAGAGGCUCAUUCCAACUUUAGAGCCAAAAGUUGUCACCAAGGAGGUGAAAAGGGUUGAGCAGGACCCUGGACUCAUAAGUGAGUCUAAAGAUCUUUUAACUACAAUAGAAGAAGUGAGAAAUGAGAACAGAAGUUUCAUUACUGAGCUUAGCAACCUUCAGUCACACCAUAUCCAAAUACAAAGGAUGAAGCCCAAAGUGGAAGUCAAAGAAAUCAUUAAUGAGAACUUCAGGGUGUCACCUGAGACAGAGGCAGAGAUGCAUCGCUUGAGAAGGGAGCUUCAAGACAAUGGCAGACAGUUCUCAGACUUUGAGAGACAAAUUAGUCUUGUCAAAACAGAGCUGGAAGUGCUGUAUGCACAGAAACCCAAAAUUGAGUACAAGGAAGUAGUUCAGGAGGUUGUAAAAGAGGAAAGAAGUCCAGAGAAUGUAAGAGAAAUACAGAGGCUCUCUGAUCAAGUAUAUUCCCAGCAAAAAACCUACAGUACUUUGCAGGAUGAGCUUAUCCGUCUUAGAAAAGACAGGGAUGAAUGGAAGGCAGAAAAGUCAAAGGUUGAGACCAAGAUUGUCACUAAAGAUGUAACUAAGUAUGUUGAUGACCCACUUCUGGAGAAGGAGGCAGAUCGUCUCAGGAGAGAGGUCCGUGAAGAAACUCAGAGGCGCAGAACUACAGAGGAAAUGGUGUUUGAUCUUCAGAAUAAAUACAUUCAGCUUGAGAGACAAAAACCAGAGGAAAAAGUAGUAGUGCAAGAGGUGGUGCGUCUACAAAAGGACCAAAGGCAGAUCCUUGAUCAUGAUAGGCUAGGUAGGAGUCUAGAUGAAGAAGUGAAGAAUCGGAGAAAAUUGGAGCUAGAGGUACAGCAGAUGAGAGCACUCGUAGAGGACAAGGAAAUAGCCAUCAGGAGCAGUGAUGAAAGGCAAAGAAAGAUCCAGGUGGAAACUGAGCUGAGACAAAUUAAAUCCAGAAUCCAUGAGCUAGAAACUGCCCCACCUCCUAUUGAAGAGAACAUAGUCAUAGAGGAAGUUCUGAAAGUUGAGAGGGAUCCAAAACUAGAUAAACUGACCAAUGGUCUUCGAACAGAUAUGGAUAAGGAGAACAGUGACAUUAUGCGUUUAGAGAGAGACAUAAGGAAAUUGACACUGGAGAUAGAAAUUUUGCAGCGAGAGAAGUCGGUUGAGAAGACCAUCUAUAAAGACGUUGUUCGUGUAGAGAAAGAUCAGGCUGUGGAAGCAGAACGGUAUCACCUUAGAGAACAAUUACUUCAGAAGAAAAAUGCCAGACUAAACCUUGAGGAUGAAAUUCACCAUCUAAAUGAGAAACUGCAGCGACAAGCAAGUAAAAGAACUACGACAUCUCUGGAGGAGACCAACUUGAUUCAUGAUCAGGACAAGCUGCAGAGAGAAAAAGAAAACCUCCAGAGAGAGCUGAGAACUUUCGAAUCUGAAAGACAAAACAUCAGCAUCUCAUUCCACCAGCAGUCUAGGCUGAUGAGUGAAAGAAAUCAAAUGAACAGGCAAAGAAGCAUUAAAAUGGAAUCAGAUGUUCAGAGGCUGGAAAGGAACAUCCUGGAUGAGAAGGACAAAAUUCAUAAACGAGAAAACAUAAUUAGGGAGCUAAAGAACAGUUUGAAGAAGGAGGAUUCCUCAGAGACUCGCACUAAAGAAGUAAAUGUGUCUACAAAGAUAAGCAUUUUGGAUCCUAACACUGGUAAAGACAUGUUACCAUAUGAUGCCUACAUGCAAGGCUUCAUUGAUCGUAGCCAGUACAUACAAUUACAGGAACUAGAGUGUGACUGGGAGGAAAUUACCACAAUGGGACCUGAUGGCGAGAUAUCUGUUUUGCAAGAUCGGAAGAGUGGCAAACAGUACUCCAUCAAAAAUGCACUAAAAGAAGGCAGGGUGACUAAAUACCAACUACAGCAGUACAAGGAUGGCAAAAUGCCGAUCUCAGAGUUUGCUCUUAUUGUGGCUGGUGAAAAAAAAUCUCGGCCAUACACCCCAGUUACCAGCCAACCAACUCAACAGCUUAAUGAAGAGUUCCCCAUUUGUGGUGUGUAUGAUGUACACACUGAUUCAUGUCUUAAUGUCCGCAGUGCCAUGGAUCGAAAGAUGAUUGACACCAACACUGCCCAAAAACUGCUUGAAGCACAGGCAGCCACUGGUGGCAUUGUGGACAUCAGCAACAGCAUAAGAUAUCCUAUCAACAAAGCAGCUGAUCGAAGUCUUAUUGAGUCCAGUCAAUUACAACGGUUAUUAAAUGCUCAAAAGGCUUUCACUGGAGUUGAGGACCCUAUGACCAAAGAACGUCUGUCAGUCGGAGAGGCUGUACAGAAAGGGUGGAUGCCCAAAGAGAAUGCCAUGAGAUAUAUGGAGGCACAAUUUCUGACAGGCGGGUUGGUCAACCCCAACAAAGCAGGGAGAGUUAACAUUGUGGAUGCUGUCAGCUCUAAGAUGAUUGAUAGCACAAUGAUGAGAGAGCUUCAGGAAGAGAUCAACUAUGCAAAGGAGCUGACUGAACCCAUCACAAAGGAGAAGAUCAACUAUAAGCAGGCUUUGGCUCGUUGUAAGACAGACCCGCUAUCAGGUCUUCCAAUGCUUCCUGCUUCCUCAAAAAAUUCUGCCUAUUCUUCCUCAUAUUUUAGUCAUAAAUAACCACUCAUAGUCUCAUUGGUUUACAAAAUAUGUAAUUCAAUCAAGUUUCUGCACUGUUGACUUAAUUUCAAUGGUUAUAAUAAUACUGUAGUAUCUAUCACACAAGAAAAACACCAGUUUAUAAUUGCAUUGUAUUCUUAAGAUAAAAAAAUAAAUGGAAUCCGCAUGUCAGAAAAAGAAAAGUCCAAUGAAAAUGUUUUUUCUUUCUUUCUGAUUUUAUUAUAAUCAAUAUAUAAUGUAUAAUAAAUGUUUAGACAAGCUUUUUAAACUUAAUAUGAAAAUAGUAAUAUUUAAUCUGAUCUAUACUGUACUUGUAAUGCAACAUACUGUAAAUCUGAGGUGCUUUAAAAUCUGCCAAUUUAACCACAUAACACUGAAAUUAGUUAGAUUGAACAUAGUCAUUUAAAAAUCUCAACUGCUGAGAUGCUUAUGUUUACUUCAUUUUAUACAUUAUGUAAUGGGGCAAAAUAUUGUAACCCAUAGAAUGCAAUAAAUAUUUAUCAGAAACCAAAUGUGGAAAAUAAAUUAGCCUUUUUUAUUUCCUUGGAUGGGCCAGAAGUGCAAUUUCUGAUUAAAAGUCAUUAUACUUUUAUGUCUUUAACAUUCUCUGUCCUUUCUGAAACUGCUGUUAAGAUUCAACAAAAAUAAUAAAAAAUGUAAUGAAUUAC